UACACUCCGAACUUUGUUGGUAGCAUUUAACAUACGUUGAAAAAAAGUGGAAAUUAGUUAAAAAUAUUUUUUUAUAUUUGUUUUGUUUUCUGUACUGAAGCCAUUUAAAGAUGGCGUGUUGCAAGGAGAAGGACCUCUAUGCCGGUGGUGGCGAUUGCGACAACCAACCUAUCGAAUUGCAUCCAACCUCGGCUUGUCCGGCGCCAUUGAUCUGUCCCCCGCCACCGGAGAUGGGACCCAUUCGCCGACGCAAAUGGGAACCGUCGCCCGUGGGCAUUGUGCCGCCCACAGAGGAAGAGCAGCGUGAGAUACAAGAGUAUCUGAAGAAAGUGGCCGUGGAGCCGGCACAGGAGCACCAUCAGGUGCAGGCGGAUCUGCAGGCGGGCAUCGAUGACCAGCAGCAGCAGCUGCUUGACAUACAGCAGGAGCAGGCCCGAAAGGCGCCCAUCAAGACGGAGGAAAUGCAGUUCGCACGUUCCAUUAAUCCCGAUGCGGAUAAUCUGCACAAUCCGCCGUGCUAUCUGCCGCAACCAGGCGACGAUUUGCCGCCCAAGGAUGGGAUGACGCCCAUGGGACCCAUUGGCCACUGGGCCACGGGCAAAGUGGACUGGAGCCCGAUGGCGGGUCUGACGGGCACACGACCCGUUGUCGAUAGGUAUUCGAUAACACGUUUUAGCUCGAACGAAUGGCGCGCUAAGAAUCAACAGACGGUCCAAUAUGUCAAUUCAGUGUUGGACAAGGCCGAUAAAAAUCGGUUUAGCUCAACGACCGAGUAUCAGCGGCUCACGGCAAUGGUGACCAAGACCCAGAACGAGACGACGGAGAAGCUGAGGCAACGCUCGCAGGUGAUCUGCAAGUGGAAGAGCACACUGGAGAACGCCAUCAGGGCGAUGACGGAUGAGAUCUUCAUGGUUGACGAGGAGCGGAACAGGCUGCGCAAGGCGCUCGUAGUGCUCGGAGUGCCCGAGUCCAUUGUGAAAGAGUGCAUCGAGAAGCGCUGCGGCCGGCCGGACACUGAGCUGGUGCGCGACAAUGCCGAGGAGGAGCUGGUCAACGAGCUGGCGCUGAUAGCCGAGAUCAGGCGGCAGCUGAGCAAGACCAUGGAUGACUUUGAGGCGCAGCAAAUGGAGAAUCGCGCGGCCAAGCAGCGUCUGGAGUUCGACUGGAGCGACAAGCAGGAGGCCUACGAGAUAGACACCGUGAAUGUGGGCUUAAACAAUACCUCGCGCACAAUUAUGUUCCAUGUGGGCGCAACGCGCCAGCCGCCGGAGCAGUCGUCGGAAAAGUACUGGGAACACUUCAGCCUCGAGACUCUCGAGGAGUGCGAGAAAUGCCGCCAGAGAUCCGCCGCGCUGCGCAGCAUACUCAACGCGAUUCUGUUGAAUGGCGCCCGGGAUAUACGCACUCAGGCCGAUGUCGUGGAGAAGGCUCUCACAUCGCGCAUCAACUGCACACAGGAGGCGGUGCAGCGCUUCGAGAAUGAUCUGCAUCGCGUGCUGCAGGAUCUGGCGGAUACGGAGAUGCGCAUCGAGCAGCUCCAUGGACGCAUUCGCAGCUUCGAUGCCGCCAUGAAGGUCGCCCAGACGCGCAUGCACAAUCGCAGCUUCCGGCCGAACGUGGAGAGCUGCCGCGACGUCGCCCAACAGCGCCUCAUCGACGAGGUGCACACCAUCCAGAGCAGCGUCACGGCCAUGCUGCACGAGCUCAAGUCCGCCGAGGAGACAAAGGAGGCGCUCGUCGGCGUCCGCAGCGCCUUGGAGCGCGAGAUUAUGCUCAAGCGACGCACCCUGUUCGUGGACAGGGAUCGCUGCAUGGUCCUGCGCUCGCAUUACCCAUCGGCCAAUGCCCUCACCGGUACGGGCGCUUUCUAAGUGUCUUUAUAUAUUUAUGUAUCUCUAUCGCUGUAUAUCUAUAUAUCUACAAAUUCAAUGUCCGAAAUUUAAAGUCUUAACCCUUGUGUGUCGCAUCAAUAUAUUCAGUUAAAUAAAAUAGUGAGCGAAAGUGAGAA